CAGGAAGUUGUAAGAUAAUCACAUGUCCCUCCAAGAAAAAGAACCUCAGUUGAUGAACCUCAAUCUGAUUUCUAACCUAGAGACAAAGGAAAUGCCAAUUAAGAAAUACAGAUGUAAUCCCUUUAUACAAUGGAUUAUAUAAUGAGACCAGAUAAGUGACGAUUGCUUUCUAAAAACCUAGAACAAAGCGAGUGAUAAUGUAAGGACAAAGGAAGCAAUCUAUCUACACUUGCUAAAAAUAUUGUGGGAAGAACAAGCAAUUAAACAGAACUGUACAAUGGAUUGGCUUUCUCUUAAUAAAGUUCCUGGGAAUCCACCAAGAAGGACAUCUACUAGAUCUCUACCUAUUUUAAAGGCUGGUGUGGAUAGUCAAUACAGGCAUACCUUUCAGAAAGCACAACCAAGCAAAGUACCUUUAAAACACAUACUGCGCACAGACGCAAGGCUGCUCCCAAGUAGCAUCAUCCAUCCAAACACAAGAUCAGAUGGAUCACAGUUAUUAGAAUGCGGUGAAAAAAAAGAGAAAGUGUGGCUAAGUGAUGUAUUUACCAGAGUUGAAUCAGUGGGUCGUGCUUUGGCAUCAAAGAGAAAUAAUGAACUUCCUUCAAUUGGUCGUUGCAACUUAGUUGGAUUAUCCACAAAGGGAGAUCCUGGAAAAUCAUGGAUUCCAAAAAAUCCCAAGGGAAAUAUAUAUCAAGACUGGAGAGGAAUAGUGAUAUCAGAUACCACAGUUCCAUAUACGAUGCUCAAAAAUGAACAACAUCUAGCAAGAUUAAAGGAAAUAACAAAAAAGAAAAGGUCCAAGGAGAUGUUGCUGCUGCAAAUUGACAAAGCGGAGAAACAGCAGCAUGGUUUACAGAAACAACAAAGGAAGGCUCCCAGAAGACGAAAACACGUUAAUAUAAUUAAUGAGAAAGUGAAAAGGAUUGGGCCACAUUUAGACAUAUUUGAAGCUUUUAAGAAACUCCGAAAAGUUCCUACAGUGGAAAAAAUUGCUUCAGCUGCCACCUGUAUUCAAAAACUUUUCAAAGGAUGGUAUGAACGUAGUAAACUGAAGAGAAUAAAACUGAAGGCUAAGAACCAUGGACCAAAUAUAUUAGCUGUUAUAAAGGAUUAUCGUAGAAUGAUGAGUCGAAUUAAACGCCGUUGUGGCAUCUUGGAUACAAGUACAGCACUAAUAUUUGAACAACUGGAAGACUGGCUUGACAAUAAAAUGCUUUAUGAAACUAUAUUUCUAAAGAAAGCGAUCUGGAAAGAAAUGGAUAGAAAUGAGCUCCCAAAGUUUUUCAGAGACUGUGGCCGGUUUCCAACACAAAAGGAAAUUAAUACUGCAACAACUCUACUGUUGCAAGAUUCUGGUGUAAGAAACAUAAGCCUUAAUAAGAAUCAAGUAGUCGAAAUUGCAUUCAUGUUGUAUCCCCCUGUUGGUCUCAAAUUGAUAACAGCAGCGGCUCCUCGGUCAACCUGGGUGAAACCAAUUGUUGAUGGAGAAGAUUCUUACAUGUAUCUAGCAAGAGGCCACCCAGUGCUAAAAUCAGCUGAUAUUCGAAUUGCUGGUGCUCUAGUUGCUGCAUCAAUACGAGAGAGAAAGAAGAAGGAGCAAAUGAAAGAAGAGGGAUUAAAUGUGUUAGAAGAGAGUGACUAAGUCAGGAAGCAAAUCACAGACAAGUGAACCUUACAGCAACAUCCGAUUGAGUUAAUAGUUAACAGAGUAAAAUCUUAGUUCUAACUUCAGUUUCCUCUAAUGGAAAUUUCCAAUGUUGAAAACGAAAAGUAUUUCAUUCUUAAAGAAGAUAAUAGAAAUACAUCUCCUUAGUCUCUAGGGCUAGGCAAUAGUUAAAAUUCCUAUAUUUUAUAGGAACAAUACAAAUAAGUUAAAAAACCUGCUUUGUAAAACAAUUUGAUUUUAUUUAUAUGAAUCAUAAUGCAGGAGACUAUAUUAUUUUGCUAUAUAGUGAUACAGUGUAUGAUAUAGUGUACGAUAAUAUACCCCAUCUUAUAACUGGGGCAGCAUUUUUUAAAUUUUCAGAGCUUUAUUGCUGCUUUUUGAUCUCAAAAGUCUUGUGUUCUUUAAUUUUUUUUUUUAAAUAAAUAGUUUAUUUCACUAAA